AUGAACUUUGGCCCGCUCUUCAAUGAAAUCCUCGGUAUUUUAGGAACUGAAAAUCUUAAGACGGAUGAAAACGAAAGCUCAUCUGGGUUUUCAAUGUUCAAAGCAAUCCGUUCGGGAAAUACUGAAACAGAUGUAAAGGCGUUUGAUAGUUUGCAAGGUGUUUGUGAAAAUGCCGAUAAGAAAAUGGAAAAAAAGAACGUUGAUAGCUUGUCGAGUUUAGAGGAUGAUCAAAUGGAAAUCUUGAGUGGAAAUGAAUUGAUUGAUGUUAGUCCUGUUGUUCAUCAAAUUACAGGAAUUGUAAGAGGUAAAAAUUGUGUGGUCUCAAUGGAGGAAAAGUUAAAAAAUGCGGAUUUUAGAUAUACUGAGGAGAUAGUUGACAAGGUUUUGAAGAGGUGCUUCAAGGUUCCUCAUUUGGCUUUAAGGUUUUUCAAUUGGUUGAAACUGGACGCAGGGUUUCGACACACGAUAGGGACUUAUAAUACAAUGAUUUACUUAGCUGGGGAAGCCAAGGAGUUAGCGUUGGUCGAGGAGUUGUUAGAGGAAAUGGAAAUGAAUUCUUGUGAGAAAAAUGUUAAGACAUGGACCAUUCUCGUGUCUCAUUAUGGGAAAGCAAAGUUGAUUGGCAAAGCUUUGUUGGUCUUUGAGAAGAUGAAAAAAAACAAUGUUGAACCUGAUGGGAUGACUCACAGAAUUAUGUUGCGGGCACUUUGUACUGCCGGAAAAGCCAACAUUGCAUUGGAGUUCUACAAGGAGAUGGUACAUAAAGAGGUGGAGUUAGAUUUGUCUUUGUAUAAACAGUUAUUGAAUUGUUUGGCGUUGUCUGGAGAUGCUGCUGCAGUUCGUGUUGUUGGCGAUGACAUGAUAAGAGUUUCAGAGAUUCCCGAACGUCAUGCUUAUGGUCUAAUGCUAAAGAGUUUCUGCAUUUCAGGGAGAAUUAGAGAAGCCUUAGAAUUGAUUCGCGACUUGAAGAAUAAGAACAUUGACCUUGACUCUGAAAGUUUUGAAAAAUUGGUCAAAGGACUCUGUAGAGCAGAUAGGAUUGAGGAUGCAGUGGAGAUAGUCGAAAUAAUGAAGAGAAGGAAUAUUUUUGAUGGAAAUGUUUACGGGAUCCUUAUAAACACGUAUUUGAGAAGAAAUGAUGUUUUGAAGGCAUUUAAUCUUUUCCAUGAAAUAAAGCACUCUGGACAUGUAACAGUUUCUACCUACACGAAUUUGAUGCAGCAUCUCUUCCAGAAGAACGAGUUUGAAAAGGCCUUAGAGCUCUAUGAAGAGAUGAUUGAGACAGGAAUUGAAUUGGAUAGUGUGGCACUAACUGCUGUGGCUGCAGGCUAUGUUAGACAAAAUUGCAUUUCUGACGCAUGGAAGGUGUUCAAGAGCAUGGAGGAGAAAGGAAUCAAGGCAACUCCCAAAUCAUAUGCCGUAUACAUAAAGGAGCUAUGUAAAGUUUCUGCAACAGAUGAAAUCAUCAAAGUUUUGAAUGAAAUGCAGGCUUCUGAAAUAAUCAUUGGAGAUGACAUAUUCAGACAGCUUUUGUCUCAUAUGGAGAAGAAAGGAGAGUCAGGGAAGUUAGAAGAGAUAAAACGGAUGCAGAGAGCUCGUAAAUGUUGUCCUGCAGAAAUGGAGACACCAAACGUUGAAUUAUGUAGUCAACCAGAAUGCAGUGUGGAAUUUGAGCGUGAAGUAGAGCACCUUCGGCUGGAUUACUACUUACCAGAGUCAGUGUUAAAAUCUUAUAGUGAACAUUCUAAACAUUAUGUACGUGAAGUUUGUCAAAUUCUAUCGUCCUCAAAGGAUUGGUGCUUUAUAAAAGAAAAAUUGGAGCAAUGUUCUGUGAAAUUUACAACUGACCUUGUGGUGGAAAUUUUGCAUAAUUGCAGUUUGUACAAUGCUAACGCUAUAAGAUUUUUCACAUGGGUCGGGAUGCAACCUGGUUAUAGUCACAAUACAGAAUCAUACAACAUGGCCAUGAAAGUUGCAGGUCAGGGGAAGAACUUUAAACAGAUGAAAAGUCUCUUUUAUGAGAUGAGGAGAAAAGGUUGCGAAAUAACAUCUGAUACAUGGACAAUCAUGAUAAUGCUGUAUGGUCGAACAGGCUUGACGGAUAUUGCUCUAAAUAACUUCAGAGAGAUGAAGUCUAGUGGCUGUAAACCAACCAAAAGCUCGUAUAAGUAUUUGAUCAUCUCUCUUUGUGGAAAAAAAGGCAGAAAAGUUGACGAAGCAAUCCAAAUAUAUCAAGAAAUGAUUCAAGUGGGAUGCAUUCCUGAUAAAGAAUUGUUGGAAACUUAUCUUGGCUGUUUAUGUGAAGUUAAUAAACUGUCAGAUGCCAGAUCCUGUAUAGACUCUUUACGUGAACUUGGUUGUUUUACAGUUCCUCUGACAUAUUCAUUGUACAUUAGGGCCCUUUGUCGUGCAGGGAAGAUGGAGGAGGCUUUAUCUUUGACAAAUGAAGUCGGGGCUGAAAGAAAUACACUGGAUCAGUACACCUAUGGAAGCUUAGUUCACGGACUGCUAAGAAGAGGAAGGUUAGAAGAAGCACUGGAAAAGAUGGAAUCCAUGAAACAGGUCGGGAUUCGUCCUACUGUUCAUGUAUAUACAGCUUUACUUGUCCACUUCCUUAGGGAAAAACAGAUAAAUAAAGCUCUUGAAACUUUUGAGGAAAUGAAAGAGGCCGGUUGUCAACCUACAAUUGUUACGUAUUCAGCAUUGAUCUGUGGAUAUGUGAGAAUGGGGAAGAUUACUGCUGCUUGGAAUGUUUUCCAUGAAAUAAAGCAGAAUGGACCAUGGCCUGAUUUCAAGACUUAUACAAUGUUCAUUACUUGUCUCUGUAGAAUAGGUAAGUCUGAAGAAGCUUUGAAACUGAUUUCUGAAAUGCUGGAUAAUGGGAUUGUUCCCAGUACAGUAAAUUUUAGAACAGUUAUUUAUGGGCUAAAUAGAGAGGGAAAACAGAAUCUAGCUAAGAUUAUACUGCAGAAAAAGUCGGAUCUUCAAAGAAGAAGAAAAAUAUUAACAUGA